UAUUGCUAAACAGGAAUCGCUUGGAAAAUGGCAGCGUUCUUACAGUGGAGACGAUUUGUGUUCUUCGAUAAAGAAACGGUGAAAGAUCCAAGCGAAAAUGGGAAGAAUUUUCAGCUACCGUUGGGUAUAUCGGCCUGCGAUUCGGGCCGAGGACAUGUUGUGCUUGGAGAUAUGGAUGGACAGAUUUGGUUUUUAACCCGCUCUUUUCAGCUCUCCAGCUUUCAAGCUUAUAAACUGCGCGUGACACACCUCUAUCAGCUGAAACAACACAACAUCCUGGUGUCGGUGGGUGAGGAUGAGCAGGGCAUUAAUCCUCUGGUGAAGGUUUGGAACCUCGAUAAGAGAGACAGCGGCAGUCCACUGUGUACCCGCAUAUUCCCUGCUAUUCCUGGAAACAAACCCACUGUAGUGUCUUGUCUUAGUGUACAUGAAAACCUUAAUUUCAUGGCUUUAGGUUUUACAGAUGGCAGUGUUGUGCUGACCAAGGGUGAUAUCACCAGAGACAGACACAGUAAAACCCACAGCCUCCCUGAGGGCAACUCUCCAAUCACAGGCCUGGCUUUCCGGCAAGCUGGCAAAAUCACGCACCUGUUUGUUGCCACCUUAGAAAAAGUGCAGAGUUACACAUUGUCGCUGAAAGAGUACCCGCGUGUAGAAUUGGACACGCAUGGCUGCGCUCUCCGCUGCUCUGCGCUCACAGACCCGUCGCAGGACUCUCAGUUCAUAGUGGCCGGAGAUGACUGUGUGUAUUUGUACCAGCCGGAUGAGAGAGGACCCUGCUUUGCCUUCGAAGGGCACAAACUUCUGACUCACUGGCACAGAGGAUACCUACUUAUGCUUACAGACAACAACAAGUCACCUAUCAAAUCUGAUUAUGCCAGUGGAGGGCCUUCCCCUACAGUGAAGCACACCCUUACCAUAUACGAUCUGGACAACAAGUUCAUCGCAUAUAGUGCUGUAUUUGAUGAUGUCAUUGACGUUUUGGCAGAGUGGGGCUCAUUCUACGUGCUUACGAGAGACCGAACAAUGUACACGUUGCAAGAAAAAGACACACAAACAAAGUUAGAGAUGUUAUUUAAGAAAAACCUGUUUGUGAUGGCUAUUAACUUGGCAAAGAGUCAACAUCUGGACAACGAUGGUCUGUCUGAGAUAUUUAGGCAAUAUGGAGACCACCUCUACAAUAAAGGGGAUCAUGAUGGAGCUAUUCAACAGUAUAUUCGCACAAUUGGAAAGCUUGAACCUUCAUAUGUAAUUCGUAAAUUUUUGGAUGCGCAGAGGAUACAUAACUUGACAGCGUACCUACAGGCCCUCCACAGACAGUCUCUGGCCAACGCUGACCACACUACUCUACUGCUCAAUUGCUACACUAAACUGAAGGACAGCUCCAAACUAGAAGAAUUUAUAAAGAGCAAUGAAAGUGAGGUGCAUUUCGAUGUUGAAAUCGCCAUCAAAGUGUUGCGGCAGGCUGGUUAUCACAGUCACGCUGUGUUCCUGGCAGAGAGACACAUGCAUCACGAAUGGUACCUGAAGAUCCAGCUGGAGGAUUUGAAGAAUUAUCAGGAGGCGUUACGCUACAUAGGAAAGUUGCCAUUUAAUCAGGCGGAGAGUAACAUGAAGCGAUAUGGUAAAACUCUAAUGCACCAUGUACCCGAAAGCACAACCGUCCUGCUAAAGCGCCUCUGCACAGACUAUCAGCCUAGCAAGGACUCGACUGAUAAGGACAGUCUCGACAAGACAGUGGGAAAGGCCAAUCCCGAGGAGUUCAUACCUGUCUUUGCCAAUAACCCACGGGAGUUGCGAGCGUUCCUAGAACACAUGAUAGAGGUGGAUCCGCUCUCUCCCGAGGGGGUUUAUGACACUCUUCUCGAGCUCAGACUGCAGGACUGGGCACACGAGCAGGAUCCAGAGAAAAAGAGAGUCCUGCAGGAGGCAGCAUUGUCUCUGCUGAGGAGUGACAACACCGUGUUUGACAAGGCCCUGGUCCUCUGCCAAAUGCACAACUUUAAAGAAGGAGUGCUAUACCUUUAUGAAAAGGGCAUGCUAUACCAACAGAUAAUGCAUUACCACAUGCAGAAUGAAGAAUACGGAAAAGUUGUAGAGGCCUGUAAGCGUUAUGGUGACAAGGAGGCGUGUUUGUGGGAACAGGCACUAGGCUACUUUGCACGCAAAGAAGAAAACUGCAAAGCUUACAUUAGCGAAGUUCUGCAGCACAUCGAUCAAAAUAACCUGAUGCCUCCACUAUUGGUGGUGCAGACUUUGGCUCAUAACUCCACAGCCUCUCUGUCAGUCAUAAAAGACUACUUGAUAAAUAAACUAGAGAGGGAGACCCGGCAGAUUGAAGAAGAUGAAAAAAAGAUUCGACAGUACAGAGAGGAGACAGCCCAUCUGCGAGCUGAGAUCCAGGAACUCAAAUCUUGUGCAAAGAUUUUCCAAAAGACCAAGUGCAACAUGUGUAACAGCCCACUGGAGUUGCCGUCUGUGCACUUCCUGUGCAGCCACUCGUUCCACCAGCACUGCUUGGAGAGCUUCGCUGAGAGCGAGGCCGAGUGUCCAACCUGCACCCCUGAAAACAGGAAGGUCAUGGACAUGCUGCGGGCACAAGAUCAGAAACGAGAUCUUCACGACCAUUUCAAUAGACAGUUGAAAUCUUCCAAUGAUGGCUUCUCGGUGAUCGCUGACUAUUUUGGCCGUGGAGUGUUCAACAAACUCACUCUGAUAACAGAUCCUCCUGGAGGCAAGAGCGGAGCUGUGAAUCUAGAUGCUGAAUUCAACAAAGAUCUGCUCAUUAAUAUUAAAAGGCAUGCUUAAGCUGAACUGGAAUUCGAAGAAAAUCUGUAAAAUACCUUUUAUAAUUGUCUCGGUGCAAAAAGUAAAGCUGGUCCAGAGACAGCUUUAUACUAAUACUCUUGGGACAAAUGUUCAGCAUUUGUUUGACAAUGUGUUGUUGGUGUCAAACAUGUGUUGAAAAGUGAAGAACAGGAGGGCAACUUUUGCAAAACCACUCCAUCUAACGUUACAGUCUGCAAGAUAAGAUCGAAAUAAAAGGAAACAGACACAACGGACUUUUGGAGAUGUAAAAAUACUGAACAAAAACUUGCGGCAUGUUUUUAAGCUUGUCAAGUCUGUAAGUCAACUAUUAUCUGCAGCACUUAAUUUAUGUAUGAUAUUUUAUUAAAUAUAUCGGAAACCUUUACUAAUUCAGAACAAUACCAAUAGAAACAUUUCACUGUAUAUUUGUCAUUACUAAAUAAAAACGUUACUGUUGACUGUG